AUGCUCACGGAGACAUUCACUUGUCUCGUGUCGGUCGGCAACUUCUGCCUCCUUGCGAGCAAUUGGUGGAGCCCGCCCGUGCAGCCUGCACCAGCGUGUGGGUGCACCUGCCACUGCUCCGAGGGCAGCUCCUGGUGGCCCCCUGUGCUCAUCGGCAUCCUGAGUGUGACCACGCUCCUCGGGCUGGGCCCAAGACUGUUGUGGCGGGCGCCGCAGGCGCAGGUGCAGGCGACCGACGUGAAGCAGCGGCGCGGCCAGAUCACGGGGCUGUGGCACGAGCGUUUGUGCCUGUUCGAGUACGAGACUGGGAUCAUCGUUGCCACCCCAGACGGGGACAUCUAUGCAGAGGAGUACACGGACUACGAGGACCUGGCCCUCUCAGGGCCUCAGGGUGGCGUGCCUCGCCGCUUGUACCCACGACGGCGCUACCACUUCGACCCGGACGACCUGGACGAGGACAGCCAGCUGCGCGUGGACGCCGCCCGCCAGCUGGAGAGGCUGCUCGCGAGCGGCGAGUACCCGGACGGGGCGGCGGCUGACGCUGGCGGCGGCACGGCCACACCACGCAGCGGACUACCGAAGGAGCUCGAUGAUGCACCUCGUGGGACGUCCUGGUACCAGCUCACUGACGGUUUCGGCCAGCGUAUGCAUGACCAGGUGACGGUAGGGCUGAACGUUCGGUGCAUCACGGACGGGCGCACUGGACUUCUCAUCCGCGACGGUGAGACUGUGCCGGUGACCGCGCUGCGACCGCAGCGAGCUGGAGACGAUGACGUGAGGACGCUGCCGGUGCAGUACAACCCGCGGGGGGAGAGGACGCGCUCGUUCCAGAGCGCGCGGGGCGCGUUCACCGAGGAGACCUUCGACGACUUCCCUGUCCGCGGCCCGCGGACGACCGGCUGGCUGAUGGAAGCGUUCCACAGGAGUGGUCAGAGUCCUGUGGCUCGCCACCACUGGUGGAGACAGAUGCUGGGCGCGACGACGGCGGAUCCUGGGAUGGACGACCACCUCUUCCUCUCGGAGCUGUUCGAGCUCGGCGGGCAGUACGACCAGCUGAACCUGCCGAACAGUGCCGCCUUCGAGGCGAUCGCCCGCCGCUACCAGCUGUGGGAGGAGAGGUACGCCGAGAAGUUGAAGCAGGUGACGGAGGGGCCAGGAGCCGCCGCAGGCGUGGCGGCGGAGCGGCACCUCUUCCUCGGCGUCGCGUCUGGCAGUGCCGCGCUAGUGGCACCAAGCCUGGCCGAAUACGUAGCUGAGAAGAUGGAGCAGGAGAGCAAGAUCUUGAAGGAGCGCCGCAAGGGGCGCGAGGAGCGCAACCUGGCGGCGCUCGCGUCUUCUGGCUCUGGCGGCGGCGGGGGCGGCGGCGCGGCAGGCGCAGCAGCACUCGACGGCCAGGGCGGGAAGAAGAGGCCGCCCAAGAAGCAGAAGUCCGACGAGGGCUAG